GCGUGUGACGGGUGUAUGUUCACUCGUUAGGUAAAAUAUUAUAUAUUUGUAUAUUUUUCGUAUGAAACAGUACGCAGUCGCAUGUAUGUCAUUAUGUUUGGCGGACUUAUUCGGUUUUAGUGCGUUUCAUGUCGUUAGUCGUAAUACAUUAAUAUAUUAUCGUAAACGUUGUUAUUAUUGAAGGUGAACAUUGACAUGUAACAUAAUAUACAACGGCCGACAAUAUGAAAACUGAUAUUGGAAUACAUUUUAUUAUCACAAUAUUCAUUUUGUUCGAGUCAUGGACAGCUGCUAUUGAAAUUCCGUAUGAAGAUCUUAACAACCCAUAUAAGCUAUGUCCACCGCAGUCGAGCUGUGCGGGAGUGGACCAGAAAGUGGCAGCCGCUGAGGCUGAGAGCGGCGACGGCGCGGGCGGGUUACGGCGAAACUGCCUGUGCGACGACCGGUGCGGCGAGUACGGCGACUGUUGCACCGACUCGGCGCACUUCGAUCCCGUGGAACAGCAGAGCGCCGCCGAUCAGCACAGUUGCGUGCACACCGACGUGAACGGCGGCGCGUACGUGGUGAACAGGUGUCCGGUUGCGUGGCCGAACGCGCGGGUGCGGGACGCGUGCCAUGCGGCGGCCGACGGCGAUCGGGACAACAUGCUAGGCAAUCCCGUGACCAGCCGGACGACGGGACGCGCGUACCGCAAUCGGUUCUGCGCCGCGUGCAACGGUGACGCGGCCGACCCGGUCCUCUGGGGCACGCGGAUCGUCUGCCAUUCGCUUAUCAGCGUGGCCGCGGGCGCCGAACAAACGGUGCUCGACACGCUCAAAUACGACGCGACCGAACGCCGGUGGACGGUCAAGUACGACGGUGACACGUACAAAUGCGACCCGGUGAUGGUGCCGCCGGCCACGAUCCGUACGCGACCGUGCCUGCCGAACGCCGUGGUCGCGUGUCACCCCCAGUGGCCGAACAACGACAUCCGGUCCAACUGCGAGGCGUACACCACGGUGGUGUACUACGAAGAACAGCCGUACAAGAACAUACACUGCGCCAUAUGCAAUCACGUGCCCGUCCACAACGUCUCGUGUCAGACGUCCGACAUACACUUGAGGUUUCCCAGUCUCGGGGCGAGAAGCUUCACCGCGUUGUUCGUCGCGCAGACCGGUCACCGCGAGUGCCGCGGCUCGGGCACGUUUUACGACCCGUUCGACAAGACGUGCCGGUCGUUGCGGACGACGGCGGCCGACGACGGCGUGCCGCUCAACUGUUCCACGGUGGCCAUGUACCCGGCCCCGCUGGAAGGCUGGCGGCCGCCCGACGCCAACGCCGAGUACGUGACGCUGGACAACGGCACGACGGCCGUGUGCGUGGACCCCGCCGACCCGACUACCGCCGCCGUGACGGCCAAGUACGUGGUGGUCACUUACGUGGGCCUCGGCGUGUCCGCGGUACUGCUGUUGGUGCACCUGGCCGUGUUCGCCGCGCUGCCCGAGAUGAAGAACCUGUCCGGCAAGAACUUGGCGUCGUUUUGCGUGUCGCUCGUGUGCUCGUACGCGGCCUUCGUCGCCGGCAACUGGCUGACCGGGCCCGCGUGCUACGCCGGCGCCGCCGUCACCUAUUACGCGUUCCUCACGUCGUUCGCGUGGAUGUUGGUGAUGAGCUUCGACUGCUGGCGCACGCUCCGGCUGGCCACCGUCGAGUUGCGCGUCACCAGCGGCCGGCAGACGAAAAAGUUCCUCGUCUACUCGGCCGUCUGCUGGCUGGUGCCGGCCAUGAUGACGUUCGCGGCGGUGGCCGCGGACGCCGUGCCCGCCGUGCCCUACGACGCCCGUCCCCGGUUCGGCGCCGGCCAGUGCUGGUUCGGCAGCAAGACGGCGCUGCUGAUGUUCUUCGCCGGUCCGCUGACCGCCGUCAUGGUCGUCAACGCCGUGCUGUUCGGCUGGACCGCGUACAUGAUCCACUCGAGCCGGGCCACCGUCCGGCACGUCAACACGCGCCACGUGCGCCGCGACUUCCGCAUGUACUGCCGGCUGGCCGUGCUCAUGGGCCUCACGUGGUCCACCGGCAUCGCGGCCAGCUACACGGACGCCUCGUACAUGUGGCUGCUGUUCGUGGUGCUCAACACGUUCCAGGGCCUGUUCGUGUUCGUCGCGUUCACGUGCCGGCGGCGCAUACUGGACUCGCUCGUCCGCGGCGUCGGCGGCGUCGGCGACGGCAACUUCGGGCUCGGCCCGUUCCACGAAAAGCCCAAGGACGCCAACAAGAACUACCGCGGCCCGCCCCUGUCGUCGUUCUCGUGGUCGUCCGGCGACAACGGGGCGCCCGUCAGUUCGGAGAAAACCACCGACACGCUCUACUGAUCCGGCAUUUGUCUCGCGCGUUCGAUUUGUAUUGACCACCGGACACACGAAUCAAAACACAAUUCCAAGACUGAACACGACGGUUCGCGGUCGGCCGAUGACGAUGACCACUACGACAUUUAUGGUGUUACGUUUGCGGACACUCGAUUGCCGCCGGCAGGACGCGAUAAUCCUCUCUCUCGAGAUCUUUUUUUAUUUUUAUUUUUGUUUUUUGUUUUUUUAUAUACAUUUUUUGAAUUUUACUCAUGUCGUUUAAGUUCUCCGAGCGCGAGUUUUUGACGGUUCUGUGUAUACUUCUCUGUACAAUCAUAAUAUUAUGUAUUCUUUUUGUACGCAUAUGUAUAUGUAUAUAUUUCCGUUUUUGUGUUUAUAGGUUUACGAAGCAAAUUAUAAAUAAUAAAAGCGCACUUAAAUUUGUA